AAUCCAAAGUUAAAAUAUAAAAAAUGUCAAAAAUAAAAAUUAAGAGAUGUUAAAUUAAAAUAAUAAUUGAUGAAUGUAAGAUGUCGUAUCAGUAAAAUUUAGGUUCAAGCUAUAUAUUUUACCAAAAAGAAAACUGAGACGUGUAUUAGUGUGCCGGUAAACGAACUCAUUCCAUUUUAACGGUUUCAAUUCGUCUAACGUGCGCCCAGUGCGCAUGCGCCGCCAAAUCUAAAAAUUCUUUUUCUUCUGCUGACAUGGAUAUAGAUAGAUGGUAAUAGUAGGACCCACUUAAACAGUCAAAACAAACACGCACAGAGAAAACGCCUGAAACAGACUCUCACUUCCGCGAUAACUAACUCACUUUCUCGCCGGAAAAUAAAGACACAAUGAAACCGCUGAUUUCUUUCCUUCUCCUCCUCUUGUUUCCGCUCCUAUUAACCACCACCACCGCUGUCGCAGCACAUCCACAUUCUCUCUCCACUGCAAUCGGCGUAACGUACACAUCACCAUUCUCUCAAGCAACACCAUCACCACCGCCAGAUAAAAUCGCCGCCGCAAUAUCCACUCUUCACUUCCACUACCUCCGUCUCACAAACCCCGAACCUAACCUAAUCCGCUCAUUCGCUUUCACAAACACCUCUCUCUUCCUCUCCAUCCCUAACUCUUUCCUUCUGCCUUUAGCCUCUAAUCGCUCUCUCGCUCUUCGCUGGUUGUACGGCCACGUUUUACCUUUCUACCCUCGUUCCAAGAUUUCUGUCAUUUCCGUCGGAGACGACGCAGUCUCAUCUCAGCUCGCGCCGUAUUUGCUUCCUGCAAUUAGAAACCUCCACCUAGCAUUACGUGACCUUGGGAUUAAACAAAUCUCCGUUUCGACAACUUUUUCUUUUGUUAAUCUCGUCACGACGCCGUUUCCACCAUCAUCUGCUAUUUUUCAAGAACCAAUGGGUGAACUUGUAAUAAAACCUUUGUUGCAGUUCUUGGAAGAGACAAAUUCGUCCUUUUUAGUGAAAGUUUAUCCGUACAAUAUGUAUAGGCUAAACUCUGAGAUACCGAUUGGAUUUGCUUUGUUUCACCAGCAUCCGUUUAAUUUUAGGGAUGAUUUGGUGACUGGAGUUAGGUACCGUAAUCUUUUUGAUAUGAUGGUGGAUGCUGUUAUAACGGCAAUGGCGGUGGCCGGACAUCAGAAUAUCCCCGUGGUUGUGGCGGAGACAGGGUGGCCGAGUUCUGGUGGUGCGUUUCGUGAGGUUGAUGCGAGUCCUGAAUUUGCGGAGGCGUAUAUUAAGGGAUUGGUUGGACAUUUGAAGUCAGGUUUAGGUACGCCUUUGAGAAAAGAAGGCGGUGUUAAAGAGACUUAUAUUUUUGAAUUGGCUGAUAAGGAUGUUAAGCAACAAGGGAGCAAAAGUUGGGGGAUUUUGUAUGCUAAUUUUACUAAGAAGUAUAGUGACAUUGAUUUCUCUAGUAAUGCAAAUGCUGACACGGCUGUUCUGUUUCUUGAAGGUAUCUGUUUGUUAAUUGUCGGUUUGUCUCUGUUUUAGGAGGUCUUGGGUUUGUGCAUAUUUCAAGGUUUGAUACUGUUGUUGUAAAGGUUUUGAAGAAUAUUUGUUGUCAAGUUGUUAGUUUCAGCUGAGGAAGAAGAUCACUGACUGUGAUUGGUUUCUGGGUUGUCUGAGUUGUUAAAGUGUACAUUGUGUUUUAAGAGAGGAAACUAAAAUUUUCGAAGUGAGGAUUUCUUCUCUUAAAGCCUGUGAUGUGCAAUUC